UUUUUUUAAAUAAUUGAAAAAGUUAUUGUGGCGUUUACAGAUUGUCCAGGUCCUCAGUCAGAAUCUGCAGGAAAAUCCGAUGCAUGUGAAGGAUGCCCCAAUCAACAAAUUUGUGCCACCGCUCCCAAAGGACCUGACCUGGACCUAGUUGCUAUCGCAGAAAGAAUGGCUACUGUGAAGCAUAAAAUAUUGGUCUUGUCAGGAAAAGGAGGAGUAGGCAAGAGCACAUUUUCCGCCCAGCUGGCAUUUGCUUUAGCAGCAAUGGACUUUCAAGUGGGUCUUCUUGACAUUGACAUUUGUGGUCCAAGCAUCCCUAAGAUGCUCGGUCUAGAACGUCAAGAUAUACAUCAGAGCAACCUUGGGUGGUCUCCUGUCUAUGUGGAGUCCAACCUCGGUGUCAUGUCAAUUGGAUUCAUGCUUCCAAAUCCUGAUGAUGCCGUUAUAUGGAGAGGCCCCCGCAAAAAUGGGCUUAUUAAGCAGUUUUUGAAAGACGUCUAUUGGGGUGAGCUUGAUUUCCUUGUUGUUGAUGCUCCUCCUGGUACCUCAGAUGAGCACAUUUCAAUUGUUCAAUGCCUUGAUGCAACUGGAGUAGAUGGUGCAAUUAUAGUCACCACUCCUCAGCAAGUCUCUCUUAUUGAUGUGAGAAAAGAGGUGAAUUUCUGCAAGAAAGUUGGAGUGAAAGUUCUUGGGGUAGUAGAGAAUAUGAGUGGCCUGUGCCAGCCCCUAAUGGAUUUUAAGUUCAUGAAGUUGACGGAUAAUGGUGAGCAGAAAGAUGUUACGGAAUGGAUAUUGGGAUACAUGAGAGAAAAAGCACCGGAAAUGCUGAAUUUGAUGGCAUGCAGUGAAGUUUUCGAUAGUAGUGGUGGUGGCGCACUGAAAAUGUGCAAUGAAAUGGGGGUGCCUUUUCUCGGUAGGGUUCCACUAGAUCCGCAACUUUGUAAGGCAGCUGAAGAAGGCAGGUCCUGCUUUGCUGAUAAAGAUUGUGUCGUGAGCGCUCCUGCAUUAAAGAAGAUUAUAGAGAAGUUGAUAGAAGCAAAUGGGUUGUCAAUGGCAGCUAGUAAUGGAGUGUAGAAAAUUUGCUUUAUGAGGGAAUAUUUGUAAAUUGAAACUAGUUUUGUCUAUGUAUCUCUGCAAGGGAAUUUGUCUGGCACUUAAAUGAUUGGUAUGUAUGUAAUAAACCAAAUUGCUAUGGAGUUGAGUCAAUGAGGCAAUGUGGUAUUAGAAGUUUUGUUUUUGGGUGGUUAUGCUUUAUGCACUUCACAAUCUGAGCUAUAGAUAAAUUUACAUUAUAACAAGUUUCAAAUUUUGUGUUUGAGAAUUAUCAUAUUCAUAUGUGAAUGUUUCUUCAAUA